UUUAUAAGAUUAGUAGCCGGCGAGACGCCGCGCCGCGAGCGGCUCGUGCUAGGUUAUAUGUAUCGGAUUAUAUUGUUUUAUUAUUGUUGGACGCUUUGAUAUUGUUUUAAUAUAUUUUUUAUUGUUUACAUUUUAUAUUUGUGCAAAAUAUCAAACUGGAGUCAAUGCAAUGAUACCCAACUCGUUAAAACAUCGUCUGAUACGAUGGCUGGAGGACAAUCGCGAGCUGGUAGUGGCAUUGUUCUGCCUACCCGCCAGCUUUAUAUUCAGCGUGAUGCUACGGGUGCGUGGAUACCUGCGGCGGCUGGGUAGCGACCCGCAGAGGCACGACAGCGCCGUGCGAGAGAUACAGGCCAGGGUCCAACAAUGGAACAAACUACCAUCACAAAACCGCAAACUGCUAUGCACAUCGCGUCCCAACUGGCUGUCCCUAUCCACGAAGUUCUUCGAGAAGCAUCUGAACCACCAAGUUCCCAUACCCCUGUACGACAUCCUGGAGCUGGACGAACAGAACAUGACGGUCAGGGUGGAACCUAUGGUCACGAUCGGAGACAUCACAGAGUACUUGAUACCUAAGGGGUACUCGCUCGCUGUGACUAUCGAAUUGGUCGAUGCUACUUUAGGAGGCUUGGCCCUCGGCACAGGAAUGUCCACGCACUCACACAAAGCCGGCCUGUACCACGAAACGAUAACGAGCUACGAAGUCGUCACAGCCGAUGGCUCCUUAAUAACAGCCACAGCUGACAACGAGCACUCAGACCUUUUCAAAACCUUACCCUGGUCUCACGGAAGCCUCGGCUUUCUCGUCGCUUUGACGUUGAAAAUCGUCAAAAUUAAACCGUAUAUUAAAAUCAAAUAUAUCCCUGUGAAAGGCCAGAAGGCGUACUGUGACAUGAUUCGUCAAUUAUCAGGGACUUACGAGGCUAGGCCUAAAGAGUUUCCUGAUUAUAUCGAGGGUACAAUCUUUAGUAAAGACGAAGCAGUUGUGAUGAUUGGAGAAUACUCUGACUAUGACGCAAAGGUUCCUGUCAACCACUGCUCAAGAUGGUACAAACCCUGGUUCUAUAAGCAUGUUGAGUCUUUAUUUAGAAAAGGUGAGAAGGAAGAACUCAUUCCUUUGAGAGACUAUCUUUUAAGGCACAACAGAGCUAUAUUCUGGGUGGUUGAGGAUAUGUUAUCUUUUGGCAACGACACACUAUUCAGAUACUUUUUCGGCUGGCUUUUACCACCAAAACCUGCAUUCUUAAAGUUCACUACCACACCUGGGAUCAGAGCGUAUACGUUCACAAAACAAGUCUUCCAAGACAUAGUAUUGCCUAUCAAAGAACUGGAAAAACAAAUUGAAAUAGCCAGCCAAUUGUUCGAGAAGUUUCCAUUACUGGUUUAUCCGUGCAAAAUAAUUGAUCACGGUCCAUCAUCGGGCCAGUUGAAGAGGCCCGACGCGAAAUAUCUAGUACCGGGUACUAACUACGCAAUGUAUAAUGAUUUGGGUGUUUACGGUGUACCGGGAAGAGUUAAAGAGAAGAAGCCAUACAAUCCGGUGUCCGCUAUGCGGAAAAUGGAAGAGUUUACCCGGGACGUCGGCGGAUACUCGUUCCUUUAUGCGGAUAUUUUCAUGACUCGCGAGGAAUUUGAGGUCAUGUUCGAUUUAUCUCUAUACGAGGUGGUGAGGAAGAAGUACGGUGCGGAGGGUGCUUUCCCGCAUCUCUAUGACAAAGUUAAACCAGAGAUAAAUGUGUUUGAGAUCGGCGAGGAGUAUGCUAUUAAAUAACAAUAAAACACUUUUGUAAUAACUUCACAUAAAUUAAUUUACGCAAAUAAAACUAUAUUAACUCAUUUGUAACUAAAAAUAAAUAUU